CACGAAUGGCCUUUGAUUUUUGUUAUUUUCCCAAUAGUUGGAGCAAAGUGCUUUUCUGUUAAACCAGUUUAAGAUUAGAUUAAGAUUUUUAGAAACGUAUAGAUUUGUUGCAACCGACAUACACAUAUAUUAUGGAAAAUUUGAGGAAGAUAUUAAAAUCAUACGAAAAAUGGGUGGCUGCAAACCCAGAAACUGUCUGCGAUGUUGAGACUACCACAAAAUGGAUAUCGUAUUUCAUUGCUGGACGUAUCUCGGAUUCUAAUGUAGUUUCCGAGCUGGUGUAUACGCUAUCUAAUAUAUUGGUGCUCUAUAAUGACCGCAUAAUCGACAAAUCACAACAAGGCAAAUUGAUCUCCGAUUUGCAACCUGUGCAGCUCGAAGCGAGUACUAGUGCAUUUGCGCGCAGCAACAACAAAAAGGCAAAGUAUAUUUACCGACUAAAGGUCAUGUUGACCACAUUGGAAUAUUGUGAAGUUUUCAUCGAAAUAUCAGCUAAACGAAUUUUUGGUAAUAAAGGCAAAUGGUUAUUCAUUGCAUUUGUGCAAUUUGCAAAAGCUGCAGGCCGAUUCUUCAUACUAAAACAUUCAACAGAAAAACUUAUCACAACGCCUACACUUCCGGCACUUAAUCGACGUGCAAUUAUAAAGAAACAAAAGAAUGCACUCAAAAAUGGUUUAAUAGUUGAAGACUCAUCUGAAAGAAAUGGCAAUUUGAAAUCAAAUGUAUUUGGCGAAAACAGUUCUACAUUCCAAUUGAAACGUUCCGGCCGUGUAAUACGUAAAGUAGAAGGUGCGCCACCACUACAGUAUCGCGAUUUUAAAUUAGCAGAGGAACAACAGCAAUUAGAAAAUGGCAGAAAUGCGGUCGAUUUUCGUUUGAUACAAGCAGAAUAUAUCUAUAUUGUCAAGCCAUUAAUACACUUAGCCACAAUGGGUUUGUUUGGUGAAAAGCGUUGGAAACAAUUUGUAGUCUCACUGACAUUGGAUUUGAUCAGUAUACGCAUGUAUCACCAGCAACGACAACAGAUGAACAAAGAACAGAAACUUGAGCUAUCACGCCGUUGCAUCAACUUACUGUUAUAUUUAGUGCGUUCACCAUUCUAUGAACGUGUCACACAAUCACGUCUAGAUCGUAUGCUAGGCUUUGUGGCUGACAAUGUGCCGCUGAUUAAAAUGAUUGCAGGACCAUUACGUGACUAUUUACCCUACUGGCAGGGUACUUAUUUCUAUUUAUGGGCAACGUAAAGCAUAUAUGGAGAUAACAAGUUUAUGAAUUUAUAUUUUCGAUACAUAACUUACAAAAACCGAGUAUUUACCUAAAAAAUAUAAAUAUAUAUAUUUUAUUUAGGCGUGGAAAGUAUUUAGUUAGGGGACUGAGCAUAAAUGCUAUUUUGUAUAAUAGUUAAGGAAUAAAGCAUACACUUUUGUAAAAUGA